CGCACUGACAUUACAAGUGGAUAUGGAAUUUUAAUCAUUUUUUAUGUAUAUUAACUGUCGGCUUUGAAAGGAAUCAUCGUCAGUUGUAAUAAAUUCUAAAAAUGAAGAAUACCAUCGCGCAACUUUGUUUAUUCAUCUGCUGCUUCCAGAUGCAUCACGUAUGCAUUACUGGUUGCUCAAGAUUCGUGCAUGGCGACGGUGGAAAUACUAUAGACAUUCCGGACAACGGCAAGGUUGAAGGGCUGCAUAAGUCUACUUGGUAUAAGAAAGUCAUUUGGAAAGAGAUCGUCUAUGGCCCUGUGACGGCUUCAUGGAAUGUCGAAAAAUUCAAUUCCGGAUGGUUUUCCGAUAGUUGGGACCCUGUUUCGAGCGGAAAGAUUGACCUCUGUGAACCGAUUGGUGAUGAAGCUGGUAGUUGGAGGGUUUAUAUACAGGAAUUGCUUGGACUCCGCUGGGGAUAUAGCUGUCCAAUAAAACCGGGAGAGCGACCAAUUGAGGAGGAACAAUUGAAUGGUGUCACAUGCACAUUGAUGCAUUCGAACAAGGUACUAUUCGAUGACUCACAAAAAUACAGGGUGACCUUGCGUGUGUAUGAUAGGGAUGAUACCAUGUUUUUGGCGGGCAUAAUCUAUCGGCAAAAAGUUGACUAGCAAAAAUCGGCGCAAUUAAUAUUGAAUAAAACACGAAUUGUGCUAAUUCUAAGAAUUAUUGCUAUGAAUAGAAAAACAUUAUAAAAGUGUUACUGAAUGAUAAUAAACGACUAUAACAAGUGA